GGUAUCACUAUCUCAGAGGAGGGCAAGAUCGCACCGGCGCCUGGGGCAAAGAGCGCGUCCUGUUGGAGGUGCAGCAGCCAUGGCGCACCACGCAUCGGCGGCGACGGCGACGGCGCAGAAGCGGAGGUGCACUGACGGGGAGACGGCCGGCAUGUGCGCCGGCGGCUGCGGCUUCUUCGGCGCCGCCACCACCGGCAACAUGUGCUCUAAGUGCUACAAGGACCACAUUCUCGCCGCCUCGGCCCCGCCUCCGGAGAAGAAGGCCAAGAUGACCGUCUCCAUCGCGGCGUCACGAGAUGUCGCAGCCGAAUCCUUCGUGGCGUCCGCGAAGCAGUCGGCGGUGAGGGCGAGCCGGUGCGUGGCGUGCCGGAAGAAGGUGGGGCUGCUGGGCUUCCUGUGCCGCUGCGAGGGCACCUUCUGCAGCGUGCACCGCUACUCGGACAAGCAUGACUGUGGAUUCGACUACAAGACCGCCGGCCAGGAGCAGAUCGCCAAGCACAAUACGGUCGUGGUUGCUGACAAGAUCACCAGGAUCUGAAGCCCAUACAGGACCGUCAGAAUC